CUUUCUUUAAUGACAGCAAACGGCUGAGUGCUGUUGUGGGUUAGUGAAAGGGAGAAAGCCAGCUAGCUAGCUGGCUAGUUAGCGAGCUGUCUAGCUAACAUAACAACACGGUUUGAAAAGGGAGAGAAAAAUACGACUGCAACUACGACCAGCAAAGCAUAAAGCAGUCGUACGGUGAAAUCCCGGAAAACGCUUCACACCUUUUUCUCCUAGCCCUGCCUGGUCUGGUUGAGCUGGUGAAGAUGGUGAAGCCAGACAUCCACACGCUGGCCCACCACCUGAAGCAGGAGCGGCUCUAUGUGGCUUCAGAGAAGCAGCUGAUCCAGAAGCUGAAUGCCGACGUCCUGAAGACGGCCGAGAGGUUACAUCGUGCCGCCUGGAUCGCCAAGCAACAGAGGAUCAACCUGGAUCGCCUCAUCCUCACCAGCGCCGAGGCCUCCCCUGCUGAAUGCUGCCAGCACGCCCGAGCCCUGGAGGACACGCAGUUCGUGGAUGGCUACAAGACGCUGGGCUUCCAGGAGAGCGUGUACGGGGAGUUCCUGAGCCGGCUGAGGGAGAACCCGCGGCUGGUGGCCUCCUGCCUGGUGGGCGGCCAGCGGCUGAACCAGGAGCACGCGCAGGGCGUGGUCCACACCGUCUUCACCGCGCUCUACGGGAACUGCAUCAUGCCCGAGGACGAGAGCUACAUGCUGCAGGUGCUGCGCUACCUGAUCGAGUUCGAGCUGAAGGAGAGCGAUAACCCUCGCCGGCUGCUCCGCCGGGGCACCUGUGCCUUCAGCGUCCUGUUCCGCCUCUUCUCCGAGGGCCUGUACUCCGCCAAGCUCUUCCUGACCGCCACGCUGCACGAGCCAAUCAUGCACCUGCUGGUGGGGGACGAGGACCACCUGGAGACGGACCCGGCCAAGCUGACGGAGCGCUUCACCCCGGCCCAGCAGGAGCGGCUCUUUGGGGAGAAGGGCUCGGAGGCGUACCGCCGCAAGGUCCAGGCCAUGGUGGAGGCCAACGAGGCCAAGCUGGUGGCUCUGGUCAACAGGUUCAUCGGCUCCCUGCGGCAGAACACCUACUGCUUCCCGCACGGGCUGCGCUGGGUGGUGUCGCAGAUGUACCGGACGCUGUCGCGGGCGGAGGGGCUGGAGGCGGGGGAGGUGCGCGCCAUGUGCACCCACCUGCUGCUCACCUGCUUCAUCUGCCCCGCCAUAGUGAACCCCGAGCAGUACGGCAUCAUCUCAGACGCCCCCGUCAACGAGGUGGCCCGCUUCAACCUCAUGCAGGUGGGGCAGUUACUGCAGCAGCUGGCCAUGGCCGACACUGAUGAAGGCCACUCUCGCCGGAGGAGCAGUCUGUCCAAGUUUGAUAAAAACUGUGUCGCAGGCUUCUUGGAUGUUGUCAUUGGCGGGAGGCUGGUGGAGAGCCCGCCCAUGUCCUCAAUGCACCUGCUGGAGGGCCUGAGCCGCACGGCUGUGUACGUGACGCAGAGUCAGCUCUUUGCACUGGUGGACUUCGUGAGGAGCGUGAUGACAGGGGACCAGCUGCGGGAGGAGGAGCGCCUGGCCCUGGAGACCCUGCUGGCCACCGUCCCGCAGUCCCGCACGGGGAAGAGCAACAGCCUGGAGCUCACCCCCUCCAACACCCCCCAGCUGUCCCCGGCCACCACCCCCGCCAACAAGAAGAACCGCCUGCCCAUAGGACAACAGCUGGCUGCCAUCACGUCCUGGGACCCUUCCUCCUCCUCCCUGUCUGCACACAUUCCCCUGGUCACCCCAUUUGCCUCCCGCAGCCGCAGCCGUUCCAACCUUGCCCAGGAGGGGGAGCCAGAGGGCAGCUCCCAGGAGUCCCUGCUUGAGGUGACGCCGGAGGAAGUGUUGGUGAUUUCGCUGGGCACCGCUCCUCAGUCUGUCCCGGGGAUGAUGUCAGAGAGUGAGGUGCUGUCCCUGCAGCUGUCAGAGGGGGGGCAGGGCGAGGGGCCAACAGACGACGUGAAGCUCCACGGAAAGCCGGACAAAACACUGCGCUUCUCCCUCUGCAGUGACAACCUGGAGGGCAUAUCCGAAGGGCCGUCCAACCGUUCCAACUCGGUGUCCUCUCUGGACCUGGAGGGCGAGUCCGUGUCAGAGCUGGGGGCGGGGCCAUCUGUGGGGGACGGGGUGGAGGCCCUGCAGCUGCUGGAGCAUGAACAAGCCACCACCCAGGACAACCUGGACGACAAGCUGCGCAAGUUCGAGAUCCGCGACAUGAUGGGCCUGACGGACGACCGGGACAUCUCCGAGACGGUGAGCGAGACGUGGAGCACGGACGUGCUGGGCAGCGACUUCGACCCCACCGUGGAGGAGGACCGCCUGCAGGAGAUCGCAGGAGCGACGAUGGAGAGCAUGCUGGGAAACCUGCUGUGUCUGCCGGGGUCCAGCUCCAUCCUGCUUGACCCCUGUACCGGAUCCACCAUCUCCGAGACCACCAGCGAGGCCUGGAGUGUGGAGGUUUUGCCCAGCGACUCAGAGGCCCCUGACCUGAAGCAGGAGGAGAGGCUGCAGGAGCUGGAGAGCUGCUCCGGGGUGGGCAGCACCUCAGACGACACGGAGGUCAGAGAGGUCAGCUCCAGACCCAGCACCCCGGGCCUCAGCGUGGUCUCCGGCAUGAGCGCCACAUCAGAGGACAUCCCCAACAAGACGGAGGAUCUGCGCUCAGAGUGCAGCUCGGACUUUGGGGGGAAGGACUCGGCUACCAGUCCGGAUGGAGAGGAGCCAGCCCAUGGAGCUCACCAUCUGACCUCUCCACCCUCCCAGGCCGAGUCCCUGCUGGUCAUGUUCGAUCCCCUGGCCUCUGGAGAAGGUUUCUCCACAGGCACAGUGGUGAGGCCGAAGGCGCACCACGCCCGGCCGCCCCACCCUCCCCCAGACCCGCCCAUCCCGGAGGCCUACGCCCUGGGGCAGGAGCCCCGCCUCUCCAUGUUCGUGUCCCACGGCCUGCUGCAGGGGGAGCUGGAGCAGGCUAAGCAGCGUUACUCAUGCCCGGACAGGCUGGUGCGGAGCCGCAGCAGCGACAUCGCCUGCGCCACCCGCCGUCCCACCAGCGACCCCGGCAUCAUCCGCAGGGCCGUGGCCGAGGACAGAGACCCUGUCCCCAGCUUCCUUCUAGGCCCCUCCUCCUCCCCCAGCAGGGACUCUUUGAAAGGAGAGGUAGAGGAGAGGAAAGACAGUGAUGAUGAAAAGUCCGAUCGGAACAGGCCCUGGUGGAAGAAGCGCUUUGUGUCAGCCAUUCCCAAAGUGCUGUAUUGGACCGCUGAAAGCGAAGGAACAGCACCUAUGGCAGCCUUCCGGAAAAAGGACAAGCACGAAAAGGAGGAAACGGGAUCGGAGCGAAUCCCGCGAGAUGACCCUCCAUCCAGAGUAACCAAUCAGGUCCAAGCUGCGGAGGACAUCCUGGACAAGUACCGGAACAUUAAACGGACCAGCCCAAGUGAGGGGGCCACGGCUGGCGGGACCUACGAGGCUCCAGAGGCGUGUGGAGAUGGAGAUGGCAUCAUGCAUGAGACUCUGAGAGAGGACACUCUUCACAACGUCUCCACAGAGGACCUGCCCGACUCCGCCAGCCAGGCAGCCCAGCCACAGGACCUCAAAUACUCAUUCAGUGAUGCUAAGAAGAAGCUGAGACUGGCCCUGUGUUCUGCAGACUCUGUGGUGCUGCCCCUCCUGGCUCCAGCCUCCAUCCGCAAUGGACUGCCAGACCAUGCCGACCCCGAAGACAAUGAGAUCGUGUGCUUCCUGAAGGUGCAGCUCGCCGAAGCCAUCAACCUGCAGGAUAAGAGCCAGAUGGCCCAGAUCCAGGAGACCAUGCGCUGCGUCAGCCGGCUGGACGCACGCACCUGCCGGAAGCUGCUGACCGCCAUCGCCGACGACUACAGGAAGCGGGGGCCCUACAUCGCGUACCUGACCCGGUGCCGGCAGGGCCUGCAGACGGCGCAGGCGCACCUGGAGCGGCUCCUGCAGCGCGUGCUGAGGGACAAGGAGGUGGCCAACCGCUACUUCACCACCGUCUGCGUGCGGCUGCUGCUGGAGCACAUGGAGAGCAAGAUGCAGGACUUCAUCCGAGCCUUCCAGGGCUGCACGGCAGCCGACGACAAGACGGCGGCAGUGGAGGACUUCCUGCGCUACUUGUACGGAGCCAUGGCCCACGAUGCCAUCUGGCAGUACGCCAGCGAGGACCAGCUGCAGGACGCCCAGAUGGCCAUCGAGCGCAGCGUCAUGAACCGCAUCUUCAAGCUGGCCUUCUACCCCAACCAGGAUGGGGACAUCCUCAGGGAUCAGCUCCUACAGGAACAUAUCCAGCGCCUGUCCAAAGUGGUCACAGCCAAUCACAAAGCGCUUCAAAUACCAGAGGUGUACCUGAAGGAGGCCCCGUGGCCGGCGGCGCAGGCGGAGAUCGGGACCAUCAGCGCCUACAAGACGCCGCGGGACAAAGUGCAGUGCAUCCUGCGGAUGUGCUCCACCAUCAUGAACCUGCUGAGCCUGGCCAACGAGGACUCCGUGCCCGGAGCCGACGACUUCGUCCCCGUGCUCGUCUUCGUCCUCAUAAAGGCCAACCCGCCCUGCUUGCUUUCUACCGUUCAGUACAUCAAUCAUUUCUAUGCCAGUCGGCUGACUGGGGAAGAGUGCUAUUGGUGGAUGCAGUUCACUGCAGCAGUGGAGUUCAUUAAGACCAUCGACGACCGCAAGUGAAGCACACUUCCAGCACACCCUGAAUGGGAAGACUGAGGCGGGGCUUCCCAACCUCCCACGUCCCCAAACUGGACCCUCCAGUCAGGGCUGCCUCAGGCCUCUGUAGUUUGUGCCUGUACAUAGAUCUGUGUCAGGGGGUUGGGGUGGUGGUUUAGUCUGCAAAGAGGUCUGGCCUUGAGCAUUCAAUAACCAAAUUAAGGAGGUGCUUCCUUUCAACUGAUGUGCUUUCACUACAUUUUUUGGACUGGAAUGAAACUAAACAUUUUGUGAGUUGUGACAUUAAAUUAUGCUGUCUUAAAUUUGGUUUGAGUAAUGGGUAGACUGCUUUGUAGUCAGAUUGAACCACCCCGCCCCCUUUCAAGGCAUUUGAAAUGGUAAGAAAAUUGGGGGUUACUUCAAAAAAAAAGCAAACAAAAUGGAAAAAAAAGAGAUAAUUAACCUAGAACUUAACAAAUUACUAUUUUUCGCUCUCUCUCUAGUGCUUAUUUGCAAUUUUCUGUAUGGAAAACAAACCAAACAUGAUAAGUGUACAUAUCAAAUACACAGUGAACAAAAAGGGACCACUUUGUUCCAGGUGAUUAUGAGUUUCUGUUUGUAUUUGCAAGAGCAGGGCUUUUGUGUUGUUGCUGCAAUGCUAUGCAUUCUUCUCCCAUGUUAUGAAACCAGCCAUUGAAGGGCUGAGAGUGGUCAUAACCAGCAUUUUACAGUAACCUGCUUUCUACCACGGUGUCAUCUGAAUGGUAGUUUGUCAUUUGUUAUUGCACUUCUCUCCUUCCUUUAGCUAUUUUGAAUGUAUUGUCAUAUCUGCUGUUGGUCCGCUUGCCUCCUCAGAGGGCAUUAGUGCAUGUGAGAGCCUUCAUCUUUAUUAUGUUUUUUUUUUUUUUUUCCAUAAUGAUAUGAUUUACCCGUGACCAAAAACACAGACCUCCAGUGAUUCUCUGAGCAAAUAAAACAGGAAACAUUUGUUGUAACUGAGAAGCAGGAAGUUAUCACAGACCGUUCUAGAAGUUAUACCAUAAGGUGUGGAGUAGUGAUGGGAAAGUGAGGCUGUAUUUUCCCCAAGGUGGUCAGAGGUCAAUAACUGACUGAAUUGAACCAGUAACGUUUCACCACAGACCCUGAACAGUUGCAACUGGCUCAUAUGAAUGAACAAUAACCAGGACAUGGUAACUCCACCAAUUACAGGGCACAAGCUUCAGUCUCCCACCGUUAGAGUGCUAUUGUGUGAGCAGAAACCCAGCCUACUGAAGAAACUGCAAAGUCGUUCCUAAUUCUCUCGUGUCACAUCUGAAGUGGCAGAAAUGACUUGAUGAACAGCAGGAGGGAAUUGCCACAUUCUCAGAUCGCAUAAGUCUGAUUCCAACUCAUGUCAGAGUAAUAUGUCAAAGUAUAGUGAAAUGCAAAGUUGCCUACAGUUAUUUCUGCACUUUGGUUCACUUUCUUCAUUUCCCCCUAAAACUGUAGCAAUGGGACGUUGCACAUUUGCAGCUCCUGGUCUGGUUCACAAGUAAAAUCUUGAAGUACUCUCAGUUUUUACUAAAUUUUCUUGAAGCUUUUGAGGUGUAUAAUUGGUCCAUGAAAGACUGAGACAAUCUGACACAAGCUGUUAGUGAGCUGUAUUCUCUCUUCUAAGGUCACAGGUUGUAAAGUUAAUCUGUGCUGCUCAAGCACUUCCUGUGGGGACUGAGUAGUUGUUUUAAAUGUCUUGUGAAGCUCUCCCUCUCAUACAUUCAAGACAAAGAUUUUGUUUAUUCAGAGGUGAACUAUGUAGCAAACUUACAACAUGACAAAGUUAUCUAAUAUCUGAUGAUCAAUGAAGGCAGCCCUCAGUUGAAAACACUUCUAAAAAUGACAUAGCACUUUGUGGAAGUUAGCCAUAUAGACACCAAUCAGAUGAUUUUGUUUGCCAUAACAAAACAUGAUAUGUUCAAAUUUGCAAAUCAUCAAUACCAAGUAACUCCACCCAGUUUUGGGUUCAUGAAUCCUCACCUCUCUUAUUCCUACAUACAUUUAGCAGCACAGUAAAGCUUAGCAUUGACCUGAUCUCCUAGCUAAUUACAGAAGGGACUACUAAAGAUGGCCCAUGAGAGUACUGACGUGUUUCUCUCAUUCUGAGCUUGUUUAUACAUGGACAAUAUGAAAGACUUCAAAUUUCCUCUUGUUUUUUUUUCCUUUA